AAUAAUUCUUCCGACGCAAAAGACUCUCUUGAGAAACCCUAAUUUCAACUGAAAAAAUGGCAGAAACCGCCGAUACAAUCAACACCACCGUCUCAACGCCGCAGCCACAAUUAGAAAGCAGAUCAGACGAGACAAGUUGCCUCCAAAAACACAGAUCUGACGCAACAUCAGAGGUGACGAAAGAAGAGAAAUCUGGAGGAAUCUUGUUCAGCGUUUGGCCACCGUGUCAGAAAAGUCGCGACUACGUGGUGAAUAGUAUGAUCAAGACCUUAUCCACAGACUCGAUCCUCUCCUACAAAUACGGAACGAUUAAACCUGAGGAAGCCUCCGCCGUCGCGAAAUCUAUAGAGGAAAAGGCUUACGACAUCGCAUCAAGGUUCGUGUCGAGUGAUGGGAUUAAGAAUCUUGAGGUCUAUGGCAUAGAGACUAGCGAGCGUAUGAUUGAAUCUGCGGAGGUUCGAUUCAAAGCCAAUGGAAGUAUGGAACUACUACUAAAUCAAACAAUAAAGAUGAUGCAGUUGCUGAUUUAGAGGAGAAGCUUGAGCGUUAAGUUUCCUUAUCUCUUUUAUGAUCUAUCUCUAGGGUUUGCUUUUGCUAGAUUUGAGAUUCUCAAACCAGAUUUGUUUCCUUCUUCUUAAUAUGAGUCGUUGAUUGCUUUUGCAUUAUGUGGUUUAGUAUCACACUUAUUAUUCCUAUAUAAUGUUCAAUUUCUUUCGUCCACCACCAGUAACUCUAUGCAACUUCCCUCAUUAGGUUAUGAAUAAUCCUUGUAAACUUAAAAUUAUGAUUAAGG